AUGAUGCCACUGUUUGUCGGCACUGCAGGAAUCGGCGUCAACUCGAGGAUCAAGAGCCAUCUUAAAUAUGGCGGAAAACGUGUAGUAGAACAACACGCUCGAGCAGGAGCCGUUGUGAUGGUUGAUGAGAGCAUGACAUCAAAUAUCUGUAUGUUCUGCUUUCUGGAGAUGCGAUUGGCGCACGCAACUGUCAACGGCAAGUCGGUCAAGGUUCACGGAGCAGUCGAGUGUAUCAAUCCCUCCUGUGACUCCUUCAAGGCAGGAUACACCUAA